CGUUGAUAAUUUUAUAACCCUUUUAUUGGUUAAAAUUACUAAAAUUGUGGAAUGUUAAUCUUCAUGUGUCUCUUUCAAGUCAACAUUACUAACAGAAAUUACUAACUAAAAAUUAACAUUUAGCUAAUUCUUAAUAUUUCAAUAAACUUGACUAAUAAAAGAAAUCAAAAAAUAUGACCAAUAAAUAUUCAUUACCCUUUCAAAUAAACAAAACCAACCAAACGCGCCCUAAAACAAUUUCUAUCGCCCCUCCACUACCGGAUGUUCCCUGGAGAGGAAGGACCCCAUUGCCCACUAUAAUUUUCCCUCUUUCCCAAACCAGUCCCCACAUUUUCCCAACUUUUCAAUUCCCUCCUCCAUCUCUCUCUCUCUCUCUCUCUCUCUCUCUCUCUCACUUCCCACUAGUGGAGUGAGUCAUCGCCCCUGCAGCUUAUCUAAGCUCUCUACAAAACCCAUCACAUCUCUGCCUGUUCCUUUCCCCCUCUUCUUCCCCCCUUUUUCCUUCCCGGUCGUCAACCGUCCGGUGGCCGGAGAAAAACUCUUCAAUCUUCCCUCCUUCCCCUUCUCUCUCUCUCUCUCAUGGAUUCCUACGAAGCUACCAAAACAGUGUUCUCGAGGAUCCAAGGAUUGGACCCAGAGAAUGCUUCCAAAAUCAUGGGCUACCUCCUGCUGCAGGAUCAAGGAGACCGAGAAAUGAUUCGGCUCGCCUUUGGACCCGAUUCUUCGCUCCACAAUCUCAUCCUCCAGGCCAAAUCCCACUUGGGCUUGCCAAUUUCCCCUACGGCGGCGACUAGUACUACUACUACUACGACUACAACUACUCCGGCUACUUCCUCUGUCUCCAGCGCUCCUUCCACUCCUUCCUCCUUCGUGAGGCCGGCCGCUCUCAGCCUCUCAAGGCUGGGCGACGGGUUUGAGAAAUUGGGGAACUCGGUUUCUUCCCCUGGUGCUAAUUCCUGGUCAAUUUUGAGUCCUGGGAAUGGCAACCACUAUAACGGGAACGGAAGCCACUCUCGCUCUGGUUCCAGCUCGCUUUCCUACGUCAAUGGAGGCGGAGGAGGGGGUAAUCAUUACGGGGGAGUGGGUAAUAACAACGGCGGUAAUGAUUUGGGUGGUGAUGAGUAUCAGGUUCACCGCGACCACUUUGGGUUUCUCAACGAGUCUAGCUAUGCAGACCAGGUGUUUGAUCCAAGGCCUGACUUGGGUCUGUUGAGCCCAAGCUCCGGCGGCGGGUACGGCGGUGGUCAUGACGACGUUGUGGGUGGUGGUGCCGCCCAUUUCCACCGGAGGAGCUUCUCUGUCCCCGGGGUUUCUUUCGGGUCCGACGAUGUGGGUUCUCCCGGCGCCGCCGGCGGUGGGUUUGGGUGGAAGCCGUGCUUGUAUUUCGCUAAAGGGUUUUGCAAGAACGGGGCGACCUGCAAGUUCCUUCACGGAGGAGACUCGAGCGAUGGAGGAAGUUCUCUGGUGGGUUCGCCUGGGAAGCUGAAUGAGUUCGAGCAGUGCCAGGAGCUUCUGAUGAGAUCCAAGUCUUCUUCUGUUCAUCAGCAGAAGUUGGCUCAGUUUAUGGCUGGUUCUGGCGCUUCUAGUUUCCCUUACAACAAGUGCAUGAACUUGCUUCUUCAACAGCAGAGCGAUGUCCAGAGAUCGGCGGCUGCAUUGAUGAUGGGGGACGAGCUUCACAAGUUCAGCCGGUGCAGGCCGGAAAGAUCGACUGAUUUCUCGCCGUUGGGAUUGGGAGGAGGGAUAUUGAACCCGAGUGCGAGACAGAUCUACUUGACGUUUCCAGCUGACAGUACAUUUAGAGAAGAGGAUGUCUCCAAUUACUUUAGCAUUUAUGGGCCAGUGCAAGACGUGAGAAUCCCAUACCAGCAGAAGAGAAUGUUUGGGUUCGUCACAUUCUUGUAUCCAGAGACAGUGAAGCUCAUCUUGGCCAAAGGAAACCCUCACUUUGUCUGCGACUCUCGUGUGCUUGUGAAGCCUUACAAGGAGAAAGGCAAAAUCCCUGAAAAGAAGCAUCAGCAGAUGGAGAGGGGAGAUUUCUCACCGUCAGCUUGUUCCAGCCCACGUGGGGUUGAUUCCAGAGAGCCAUUUGACCUGCAACUUGGGUCCAGAAUGCUGUACAACACUCAAGAAAUGCUGUUGAGGAAGAAAUUAGAGGAACAAGCUGAUCUGCAGCACGCCAUUGAACUCCAUGGCAGAAGGCUAGUGAGUCUACAACUUAUGGACCUGAAAACCCACCACCGUCAGCAGCUCCUUAAUGGUCUCUCCAAUGGGUCUCCAGUUUCUUCUCCAACUGGCUUGGCUCGAAGUUUCAGCCAUCCAGUACGAGUUAGCAGCAUUGAUCAAGAAGGAGGCUUUUCUAUCCCUGAAGAGAAUGGAGGUUGCCUGCAUCAUGAUGAUGGUGGAGCAGUAGUUACAGGAGGUGUUGGUCGGGAAUUGAAUCCUUCUUGUGACAACAACAACAACAACAACAACAGCAACAAUUUCAACAAAGACAAUGGAAAUGUAGAGAGAUACUUCACUGAACACAAUGAUCUCCAAGAAAGUUUGGAACAUAUCCACCUGCCAGAUAACCUCUUCAAUUCUCCCAAGAAAGCAGCUGGUGACCAUCUCAAGACUGCCUUCUCCUCCAAUGCUCCUCUUCUUGAAAUUCAUGAGAUUCCAACAGCCAGUACUGCUGCUGCUUCUGCUCUCUCGAUGACUCCUUUGAAAUCAUGUUUUCCUCAAAUGCCCAGGCUAUCCUCCGGGCAUGGAACCAUUGGCAUAUGAUGAGAGUGCUAAUAAUAAUAAGCCUUGAUCUGGAAUUGACUUUGGUAUUAGGGUAAGUGAAGAGUUUACUUCAACACAUGCAUCAGAUCUCUCAUUUGUGUAUGCACAUGCAAUGCAGAUAAGCAUCCUAAUUGGUUUUAAAUAGUUUAGUCAACAUGGACUGUUUUCAUGAUGCUGUGCUGUCUUUGUUGAUUUUUCUUUUCUAUUGCAGAAAAAGAUGGCCAGAUGAGAAUAUACAAAGAAAGAAAGAGAAAGAAAAUCACAAUCACCAUCAUUAUCAUCAGUUAGCUGUAUAGCCCUAAAAACUAUUACUCCCUUGAGCAGGUAGAAGAAGAAAUGGUAAAGGCAGAGAUCUGUAGACAAAGAAAUCUUGGAGCAAGAUCACCCAUCAUCAACAUCAAUACGUACUCUACUUACAACGAGAAAUACAUAAUUGCAUACAUUAAAAACCAAAAAAAGUAUCAAAAGGACAGGACAAAGGUAGUACUGCUACUCUGAUCAUUAUGUGGUUUUUUCCCCCCCUUUUUUCUUAUAUGUUUUGUGAAGAGAGGGUAGGGUCUUUUCCUUUUUUUAAAAAAUUUCUGUCCUCUCACUAUGGAAUCUGUACCCUUAUUUUAUAUAUAGAUCUCUGUAGGUAAUGUGCUGGUCCACACAGCACUAAUAUAUAUAUAGCAGCAACAGGAAAGAAAAGGAAAAAAAUGAAGCAGAAAGAAACAAAACCCUAGUUGUUUAUUGUUGUUAUUGUAGCUCUGUAGCAUCAGUUAACAGUAAUAGAGUUGAAAGGAAAUGAAAUGAUCUCUCUUUUGCCUGUGUACCAGUCUUCCCUCUCCUGUCCUUUUUUUUUACUGCUGUAUCAUUUGAUGCCUGUUGCUUCUGUGAUAACUCAGUACUGAAAGUGAUCUCUCCCUCCAUCUCUCUCUCUCUCUCUUGAAUUUUGUUGCUUACUAGAUUUCCUCUACAUGGUAGAUUAGAUUUCAUUGUUACUGCUACUGUUAGAAAUCUAGAUAAGGUGGAGGAUGCAGAGGGUUUCUGCAGAGGUUUAUCAGUAUAUGCAUGCAGUCAAAAGUGUUGAAUGUAAAAAAAAAGGCUGCCUUCAAAUUUUCAUGACUCCAGAUGAUUUAGCAGAGAGUAGUAAAAGAGCAAACUGACUGUCAGCCAUUGUUAGAUCAUGGCACUGGCUUGCAGGCAGCAGAGGGGGAAGGAAAAAGAGGCCAUUCAUUGAUGAAGAAGGAAUUGGAAUCUGAUAAGAUAAAAAUUGAAAAUGGUAAAAAAAGCUCAAAAGGAUUGGGCUGGGAAGCAAAAGAUUGUCUUUCAUGUGAUUAAAGGCUACUUUUAUUAGUGAGGGAGGGAGGAGGGGGACUCUUUUGUCUCAUUUUGUGGUCUCUUUUGGGUGGACAUGAAUGGGUGAGGGCCAUACCCAUUCAUCAGGCCAUCACAUGGCUUUCUGACAAAGUAACUUAUUAUGCAUAUGUACCACUCAAAUUUAUCUCAUUUCUUACUUUGCACCAAAAUGAAGUUUUCCCUUUCGGUUCGACCCCCGAUCGAUUCAGAUUUUCGCCUAUGUUCCAUAUCAUGGAGCGUGGCGUGGGUGGUGGAAAUAAUACUCGUUUGUGAUAUCGGUUCGUAUCCGUCAAGCGCAAAUAUAUAAACGAUCUGAGC